GGGGUCCAGCAGCAGAGGGGACCCAGGAGGAGCCCAGCCCUCGCUCCCAGACGCAUUCAGCCUGAGGCUGGCUGACCCGGUGGCAUUCCUGCUCCUCAGGUAUCGCACUCAGCAGCCGACCGACCACACAGGCGGAGAUGCUGGCGGCGGUCAGCCAAGAUGACCAGGACCACGUCUCCGUGAUCUUCCGCCAAGCCUGCGAGUAUCUGCAGCUAGUCUUUGGUGUUGACGUGAAGGAAGUGGACCCCAGAGACCACUCCUUCUUCCUGGUCACCAUCCUUGGCCUGAUAUGUGAUGGGAUGCUAAGCAGUAGGCAGGGCAUACCCACGGCCAGCCUCCUGGUGCUGGUCUUGGGGGUGGUCCUCCUGGAGAACAACUGUGCCCCUGAGGAGGAGGUGUGGAACGUGCGGGCUACCAACUGAGACCUACUCUGAUGACAACGUGACCUAGGGGCAAGAAAUCAGGACGCGUUAUCAGGGCAUACGUGAGCAGCACCAACUAACCAGCAGGAUCAGUUGGAAGAGACCAAAGUGGGAAGUGUGUGGCCACCAUGAAUAAAAGGGGAGCUAACAACUGAAAACCAACUCUGAGGACAACGUGACUUGGGGGCAAGAAAACAGGACUUUGUUUUGGGGCUUAUCUGAGCAGGACCAACUAACCAGAUGGAACAGUUGGAAAAGACCAAAGCAGAAAGUGGGUGGGGGGGGGCUACCAACUGGGAUCCUACUCUGAGGACCACUUGAUCUAGAGGACAAGAAAACAGGACUCUUUGCUCGGGCCUCAAUGCGCAGGACCAACUAACCAGCAGGAAUAUUUGGUGGAGACCAAAGAUGGGAGUGUGUGCUGGGGAGGGGUGGCUGGAGUAAAACGGGGGCUACCAACUGGAACCCUACUCUGAGGACAACUUGACCUGGGGGAAAGAUAAAAGGACUCAUUGUUGUGGCCUAUUUGAAGAGGACCAACUAGCCGGCAGGAGCAGGUGGAAGAGACCGAGGCGGAACUUUGUUGGGGGUAGGAAUAAACGGGGGGCUACCAACUGAGAAACUACUCUGAGGGCAACUUGAACUGGGGGCAAGAGAACAGGACUCUUUGUUGGGGCCUAUCUGAGCAGGAACACCUAAUCAGCAGGACCAGUAGGAAGAGACCAAAGCAGGAACUGUGAGGGGGGCAGCAGGAAUAAAAGGGGGGCAACCACCUGAAACCAUUCUCUGAGUAGAACUUAACCUGGGGGCAAGAAAAAAGGACUCUUUGUUGGGGCCUAUCUGUGCCGGAGCAACUAACCAGCAUUAACAUUUUGAAGAGACCAAUGCAGGAAGUGGGGGAAACGAAUAAAAGGGAAGGCAACCAUCUGAGACCCUAUCCUGAACACAAUUUGACCCGGUGGCAAGAAACCAGGACUACUGGUGCGUGUCUAUCUGAGCAGGACCAACUAAGAAGUAGGAACAGUUGGAGGAGACCACAGCGGGAAGAGGGGGAAGGGAACAAAGGGGGACUAAACACUGAAACCCUACUUUGAAGACACCUUGACCUGGGGCAAGAAAAUAGGACUCUUUCUUGGGGGCUAUCUGAGCCGGACCAUCUAACCAAAAGGAACAGUUGGAAGAGACCAAAGCGGG